UGACGCCAUCCCCUAGUCUCACACGGAAACGGAAGACUUGACAACAAAAUACAGUGACAAGUUUUUUAAUUCGUAUGUAUUUAAUUAAUUCAGUCCACCGACAGAUAUUUCCAAAGGCCUGCAAUAGUUUGCACACGUUGCUACAAAGGCUCUGCAGCUGCCUCGGCUAGCUAAAGCUAGAUAGCCAACGUAGGCCAACACUGCGAGGUAUUUUCACCUUAACCGGCUGGUGGUGUGUGGAGUUGCUUGUUUACGUUGCAUACAGGGGCUGCCACUUUUCAGUAAAUGGCCUGCACUUUAGAAAAAGUGUUGGGCGAUGCCCGGACCCUUCUCGAGAGGCUGAAAGAGCACGACACGGCCGCCGAGGGAUUGAUAGAGCAGUCCGGGGCCCUCAGCCAGAGAGUGCAUAGCAUGAGAGAGGUGGGGAAUGCCCUUCCAGACAAGCACAUAGAGGACACUUCAGAGAUUCAGGAGCUGACCAAAUACAAGCCUCAUGUCCUUCUGACUCAGGAAAACACUCAAAUCAAGGAACUACAGCAGGAGAAUAAAGAACUCUGGUUGUCUCUUGAAGAACACCAGUACGCGCUAGAGUUGAUCAUGGGUCGAUACCGCAAGCAGAUGCUCCAGCUGAUGAUGGCGAAGAAGGAGCUGGACACCAAACCUGUGCUCAGCCUCCACGAGGACCACGCAAAGGAAGUGCAGAGCCAGGUGGAGCGGAUAUGCGAGAUGGGCCAGGUGAUGAGAAGAGCAGUGCAGGUGGAUGAUCAGCACUACUGCUCUGUUCGGGAGAGGCUCGCUCAGUUAGAGAUAGAGAACAAGGAGCUGCGAGACCUCCUGGUCAUCAGCAAGAGCUCUGUGAAGACAGCGAGAGAAGAAACCAGCCAGCCAGCAGCAGCAGCACAAAAACAGUCCCCUCAGCCAGGGCCUGAUGAGUGACGAGAACACAUCACACUGAACUGUGGUCAGAGCAACGAGACCUUCAGGACCAGGAGACAGGGUCGAUGAUCUCUUUACCCAUGUUCACCACAUAUAUAUUUUUUUUUACAUAAAAUGGAAUGCAGUCAAACCACAGCAUAUUUUCUGUAGUGACGGCCACUCACACAACGUUCUAGGCAGCACUGUCUGUGGGUUUAUCUGGAUGGUAGCUAUUGUUUUCAUACGAACAGUGUGUGUUUUAUCACUGCAGUUGUGUUGGAGGGAAUUUCACAUAAACUAUGACUUUUACUGUCACUGACAAGAAUUCAGUGGGAGCUAAGAUUCACACAGUACAUGUAAAUCUUUGGCCAAGGAUAUAUUAACUCUUCAAGGACACAGUUUCUACCUCUUUGGUGCCCCUUUGCUGUUCACACACACUUCACAAUGUGUAAAAUGCUCAUAACCACCCCUGCUAUGCGUUCACUUGAAGUCCGUUAAGAGGCCAACUUGUAUUCUACACCAUUUUAAGAGUCUGUGCUUGAUAAUCUCUGCCAAUAAGAUGACUUUGGCUGUUUCACACAGUUUGCCUGCUGAGGAGUGAUAGUGGAUCAUUUGUAUUGUCCAUCAUUUUAUGAAUUGGAUAUGUUUGUUAGUCUGUUUGUAUAAUUCACAUAUAACAUGAUUUCCAUGUUUAGUACUUUGAUUACGUGUGUUAAACACCAGUUUUCAGAUUCGGAUGCAGAAUUGUCAAUUGUCCACGCUGAUGGCAAGUCUUUAUUUAAUGGUUGCAAUAUCAAAAUAUGCCAACUUUUUGUGUAAUGGAUGUCAAAUGCUUGCGCACUGUGUGUUGUCAGAAAUUGUAUAUUGUCAUCUCAGGAAAUCAGUGUUAACAAGGCAAACAUGCUGUAAUGACUUCACGACAGUGUAUCGAUUUGUGUCAAACGAAGUUUCACCUAGAAACUUUCAAAUAAA